AUGAACAAAGAGAUUGAGGAGAAGGUAAUCAAGCGGACGCUUCAGUCGAUCAAGCUGAAGAACGGCCAGCCGGCCAUCAGCUUGUAUGGCAGCCACACACACCUGCACAUCAACCCUUCCGGCAAGUUCAUCAUCGGCGGGCCCCAGGGAGAUGCAGGCUUGACUGGUCGGAAGAUCAUCAUUGACACGUAUGGCGGCUGGGGAGCCCAUGGCGGUGGUGCCUUCUCCGGCAAGGAUCCCACCAAGGUGGACCGAUCAGCUGCGUACAUCUGUCGCCAGAUGGCCAAGUCCGUGGUGAACAGCGGCUUGAGCGCCCGCUGCCUGGUGCAGCUGUCCUAUGCCAUUGGCGUGGCAAAGCCCUUGUCCCUGUUUGUGGAGACCUAUGGCAGCGAGAAGGGCAGCCUCACCGUUGAUGACAUCACCAAGGUGCUGAAGAUCGAGUUUGAUUGCCGGCCCGGUGCCAUCGCCCAGUCGCUGGCUCUGCGUGAGCCCAAGUACCAGGAGACGGCGGCUUACUGCCACUUCGGCCGCGAGCCUUGCACCAAGGGGGGCAUCAAGUUCUUUGAGUGGGAGAACCCCAAGGACUUGUCUAAGUACAAGGCCAUGAGCACGGAUCAGGUGGAUGCUGCGCUGAAGGGCAGCACCUACCUUACAAAGUCCCUGCUGCGACGACGCGGGCUGCUGGAAGGGCUCCCAUCCUUACCUGAUGCGAAGACCAUCAGGUCGAUCUUGAACAGUGGCUUCGCUGUUCAGGUGAGAUCCAUGUCGACGAACUUGAUGUUCCUGUUUGCGGUGCGAAGGGUGACAGCCAUAGAUCCAUCGGGCGUGCAGGCGGCGGCUUACCAAGUGACGCAGCAGUUCUGGAACCUGGGAGGAUUCAUUUCGCUGGCGCUGUCCUCUGCCGGCUCGGGGUUGGUCCCCACAAAGUACUGGGGACAGGGCGUGGAUGAGGCUCGGCACUUGGCAGACAGACUGUAUCUUUGGGGCUGCUGCCUGGGGGUAUGCCUUUGCGGCCUUCAACUGGCCUCGCUGCCACUGGUUGGGUUCAUGGCACCCAUCAAGGCCGUUCAGCAGGCCGCGAGGGCACCGGCGAUUCUCGCCGCAAUGCUGCAGAUUCUCAACGGUGCGGUCUUUGCCGGAGAGGGCAUUCUCCUGGGCCUCAAGGCUUACAGGUGGUUGGCGGCGACUAGUUUCAUCGGAUGCGCCCUCAUGGUGUCCACUCUCUACAUCUUUGGAGAAGAUGCCCUCACAGGACUCUGGAUUGGUUUGUUCCUCUUCAACAUCUCUCGUCUGACCGGGUCCUUGAGUCAUCGGUUCCGUUUCGGACCGCUUGCGAGACGGGCCGCGAGCGCCCAGGAGGCGAAAGUCGCUUGA